AAACGUUUCUUAAAGCGAAUAUCUCAAUAGAUACUGCAUUAUUAUGUAUAAUCGUUUAAAUGUUGCCUUUUAUUUCACUAUUCGAAUGAAAUAUCUCAUAAUAGGAGCAAUUACUUGACAUACUGUUCUCUGUAAAUUGGAGUGAUCGAGCAUCUACCACAAGAAUUAAGAGACCGGUUUACAGAAAUGAGAGAAAUGGACUUAGGUGUACAGAAUUCAAUGGACAGUUUAGAAAAAAAAGUAAAGAUUUUCUUUGCAAAUGCAAAGAAGAUGAAACCUAGUGAAAAGGAAGCAGAAUAUGAAGCCAUUAGAAGAGAGUAUUACAAAACUCUAGAAGAUGCCGAUGAGAAAGUGCAUUUAGCUAAUCAGAUGUAUGAUUUAGUAGAUAGAUAUUUGAGAAGAUUAGACCAGGAAUUGCACAAAUUUAAAAUGGAACUAGAAGCAGAUAAUAAAGGUAUUACCGAAAUACUGGAAAAAAGGUCAUUGGAACUAGAUCAACCACCUACGAAUAGUAGUCAAAAAGAGAAUCGGUAUAGUUUUACAACAUCCAGUAGGUCACGAGACAAUCAUAGUCAUUCUCGAACAGAAAAAAGGAGAGAUUCAAACGCAUCAUCGACAUCAAUAGAGAAACGCUUAGCUAUAGAAAAAAUUUCUCCAAGUCUUCCUGAAUCACGACCGGCUUCUGCAAAUUCAGGACCAAUUCUUGCUGCAACUAGCGUGCCAUCUACUCCUACAGCAAUUGCAAAUUCCGUUGGUUCUGUGAGUUAUAAUCUCGGUCACAUAGGAGCUGGUGGAAAUGCUAUAGCAGCUGCAGCAUCGCAAGCAAUUGCUGCGACGCAGCAAAUGCAGCAAGGCAGACGUACUGCUAGUUUAAAAGCUAGUUACGAAGCCAUCAACACUGGUGGUGUACACGCAGCCGAAUUUAGUAGAGAAUUAGCUGGCGCUGCCCAGACUGCUAUUGCAGCUAUACAACAGGAAACAACUAAAAAGCAUAAAAAGAAAGUAACAACUGCUGUCCCAAGUUCGAGUGUAGUUGCUGCCUCUGUUCAACAACCUGUAUCACCUCCAGUUAUAACUACAAAUACACAAGUCGUAGAUUCAGAUAAUCCAGAUUGGACUUAUGAUCCAAAUGAACCAAGAUAUUGCAUAUGUAACCAAGUAUCUUAUGGUGAUAUGGUUGCGUGUGACAAUUCAGAUUGUCCGUUUGAAUGGUUUCAUUAUCCAUGUGUUGGUAUCACUGCACCUCCAAAAGGAAAGUGGUACUGUCCUCAAUGUACAUCUUCUAUGAAGAGACGCGGAGGUCGGAAAAACUGAUUGUGCUGUAAUCAGUACAAAUAUAAUGAGAAAAAAUUGAUACUACCUCUUAGGCAUUGUCCGUCAAGUACCAACUUAGUUAGGAAGCUAUUAAUUCUGAUUUUAUAUGAAUUUUUAAAUAUGUUUAAAGUUUAAGUCGUGAUCUUAUCUGGUCUUGAUCUUGUCCCACAAAACUUGAAUUUCUGUUUCUACAGCAGAAAAGGGCAGUUUUUUUACUACAUUUUGUAAACGUAACGAGAGGAUCAGACGGUGCAAAAAAAUUCUGGAUAAAUUCGUUUUACAAGAGAAUUUUUUGCAUACAAGUAUCGCACCACUUGUGCACCACUCUUUACCGCGACCAUAUUAGGUAGUUUCUACGAAUUUACAUUGAAAAGUAAUCUUCUUCUCUGGUAAUACGUAAUUUAUGGACUGAAAUUCCAGAAGUGAUUUUCACUGUGAAUUUUUCAAAAUUUAUGUCUUUAGUUUUCGCAAUAUCGAUCAAUCUUCGUAUAUUUACGUCCUCGUGUUAGUACAGACGUGCUUAGUAUCUCGCUGAAUUGAUGACUAGGCGAGCAAUAACAUUUUAAGUGUUCUACGCUUUUGAGAGAAAGAAAGAGAGAAAGAGAGACAAGAAAGCGUUAAAAGGAAAGAGAAAGAAUGUAUGUGUGCAUGUGUGUAUAUGCAAGAGAGAGAGAGGGGGGGGGGGGGAGAAAGAGAGAACCGACGGUAAAUUGUGAGAAUACUACUUUCAAAUUGAAGGAAUGUAGCAAUUUGAUGUAUAAAUAAAGCGAAUGAUGCAGA